GAUUUCAAAAACAAUGAACUGCAUAAGCGUAAAAAUGGAGUGGAUUAUAUUAAUCCAGGAAGCGAAGAUGAAAUGGAAAUAUAUGGAUAUCGUAAAAGUAAAGUAUUUACAGCGAUAACAUGGUUCUUUAUAAUAGCAACUUGCGGUUUUCUUCGUCUUAUUUUUCAUUGGAUGCCCCGUCUAAUGAUUCGGGUAACCCACUCAAAAUGUCCACUCAAAGAAGCCGAAUCUGUUCUGAUAGUCGAAAGAUUUCAAGGAAGACACGCACGAUUUCAUAUCGAAAAAAUUAAGACAAUAACUGCCGCUGAAGUAUCAAAAAAUGCGAUGAAUAGUGAGACAUUAAUCGAUGAUCCAUGGACAGAAAUGGGUAUUGAUGUUAUGGCAAAUCCAACUGGAGUAAAAAUCGUCACCGACGAUUUAAAGUUAUCAAUACAUUUGCACGGCGGCCACUUUAAGCAAGUAUCUUCUGUCUCGAUGUUUAUAUGCAAGAAACUUGUUUAUAUUUGGGAUCCUGAGUGCGAAAAGUUUUCAAAACUUGCUGGUUUGGAUAUUGAUGUCCCUACGUCAAAUUUACAUCAAAUGCCGGGCUUGAGCUUCCAAGAUCAAUUCAUGAGGAACAGUAUUUAUGGGAAUAAUGAAAUAAAAAUCCCCUUGAAAAGUUUUCUUCAUUUACUGUGUCUCGAAGCACUGAGCCCGUUUUAUGUCUUUCAAUUAUUAAGUUUCUGCCUAUGGACCGCCGAUAAUUAUUACUACUACGCUCUAACAAUUAUGACUGUAUCUUUCAUGGGGAUUGUAAUGGCAGUUCACCAAACCCGCCAAAACCAGCAGAAACUGAACUCAACCGUCAACUUAUCCGACGUAGCUGAAGUUUUACGCGACCGAAGGACCGGAAAAACCGAUUCUAUCCCAUCGGACCGAUUGACGCCAGGCGACAUCCUAGUGAUUCCUCACCACGGUUGUCUGAUGCCUUGCGACGCGGUUCUUCUCACAGGGUCUUGCAUUCUCAACGAAUCAAUGCUAACCGGAGAAUCAGUACCAGUGACCAAAAUUCCGAUUCCGUCGUCCCCGGACCUAAUCUACGACGUUAAAGACCACGCACGCCAUACCCUCUUCUGUGGAACCAAAGUUAUCCAAGCCCGUUUCUUUGGCGGAGAAAGAGUUCUUGCGGUAGUGACUCGCACAGGAUUCACCACCAGCAAGGGAGGUCUAGUGCGUUCAAUAAUGUACCCACCGCCAGUGGAUUUCGAAUUCGAACAAGACUCUUAUAAAUUUGUUGGGAUUUUCGCAUGUAUUGCUGUAAUAGGAGCUGUUUACACUGCAGUCACCAAAGCAAUCAACGGAAUACCCGCUGUGGAUAUCAUUUUAGAAGCACUGGAUCUAAUUACAAUCAUGGUUCCUCCAGCGCUUCCUGCUACUAUGACAGUAGGUCGGAUGAUUGCCCAAAAGCGGCUUAAGAACCGGGAAAUUUACUGCACUAGUCCUAGAGCAAUCAAUGUUUCCGGUUCAGUCGACUGCAUUUGCUUCGACAAAACAGGAACGCUCACUGAAGAUGGUCUAGACAUGUGGGGAGUGGUUCCGGUGGUGGGAAAGGAAUUUGGCAAGUCAGUAAGGUCAAUAGUCGCCUUACCUGCAGCCGAAUUGCUGUUUGGUAUGGCUUCGUGCCAUGAAAUAACAACAAUCGACAAAUCAUUGGUUGGAGAUCCUCUAGACUUAAAAAUGUUCGAAUCAACCAAUUGGAGCUUUGAAGAAGCUAAUGUACCAGAUGACACCAAGUUUCAGAUGAUACACCCUCCGGUCGUCCGCCCUAAGGACUCAACUUUGCUAAAAAUUCAGGAUCAAGGGUUACAAAUCGGGAUCGUCAGACGGUACCCUUUUGCAUCAAGCUUGCAACGAAUGAGUGUCAUCACUCGGACUCUCGGUGCCAAGCACUUUGAUUUCUACUGCAAAGGCAGCCCGGAAAUAAUUCAAAGUCUCUCUCGUCCGGAGUCAAUUCCUUCUGAUUUUGCAUCUGUACUUCAAGAAUACACCUCUGAAGGCUACCGUGUGAUCGCUAUCGGACACAAGCCACUUGAUAAAUUAACCUACACCAAAAUUCAGCGCCUAGAUCGCGAAUUCGGUGAAAGGGAUCUUUAUUUUCUGGGUUUUAUAGUCCUUGAGAAUCGUUUAAAGCAAGAAACUGCUCCUGUUAUAAAAGCGCUGAACUGCGCGUCAAUAAAAACCGUGAUGGUUACUGGUGAUAACAUACUCACAGCACUGUCUGUAGCCCGUGAUUGUGACAUGGUGGACCCAAGCGUGCUAGUUAUCACCGUAAAUGCCGUCCAAAUUGGCCAGGAGAAGCCUCGCUUGCAUUUUACACGAAGCAAUCACAGAAUAUCAUCAGUGGCUUCCAAUAGGGGUGAAUUGAACAAAUCUGUGGCAGGUUCAGCAGAGAAUAAUUUAUUUGUAAAUAUUGAUCUCUCUCUUUCCGACGAUAUUUCUCUUUCAGACAAUAAAUACGUCUUUGCAAUUGACGGAAAAGCCUGGGCAAUCAUCAAACAGUUCUACCCGGAGCUGAUUCCGAAGAUUGUAACCCGCGGGAAGAUUUUUGCACGGAUGUCUCCGGAUCAAAAGCAACAGCUGGUCCAAGAAUUGCAAGGUCUUGGAUAUUACGUAGCAAUGGUCGGCGACGGAGCUAAUGACUGCGGUGCUUUGAAAGCCGCUCACAUCGGAAUUUCCCUUUCAGAUACGGAAUCGUCAGUAGCUUCACCGUUCACUAGCAAAGAGACUAACAUUUCUUGCUUGCUGUCUGUGAUUAGAGAAGGUCGCGCUGCUUUGGUCACUUCUUUUGGGAUUUUUAAAUUCAUGGCAACCUAUUCUUUGACCCAAUUCGUCUCGGUCAUGAUUUUGUACUCGAUGGACUUAAAUCUGACUGAUAUUGAGUACUUAUACAUAGAUUUAUUUGUCAUUUCAACUUUUGCGGUGUUCCUACCACUAACCGCUGCGUACAAUGGCCCGCUAGUGAACAAGUCUCCUCCUACUAGCUUAAUUAGCAUGGCGUCAAUAUUCAGCAUCACGACGCAAAUGAUUAUUGUCACUGUUUUCCAAUGGCUGAGCUUUUGGAGUCUCAAACAGUACGAUUGGUACAAGCCGUUUAAUAUUGCAGGGAUUGAAGAUAAAGAUGAUGUUUCUAGUUUUGAAAAUUACACCAUUUUUAUCAUCAGUUCAAUUCAGUAUAUUAUUCUUGCGGCUACCUUUUCAAAAGGACACCCGUAUAGGAAAAGUAUCUUCACCAAUCAUGGACUACUGGCGUCUUUUAUUUUACUGUCACUGUUUUCUACUUAUUUGGCUCUUUGUCCGGUGGAAUGGCUAGUGGAACAGUUUGAGCUGAUGAUGCCGCCGGAUAUGUCCUUCAGAAUGAGCUUAGUUCUGUAUGGCGCGGCUAAUCUUAUUGUUUCGUUGCUAGUUGAGUACUUUGUAAUUGAUUAUUUGAUAACUGGUAAAUUAAACAAUUGUUGUCAAGGUAAUAGAAAGACUAAAAAAAAAUUUUUGGCCCUCGAAGAUGAAAUGGCUAAGAAUAAAAAAUGGCCGCCUUUGACGUAA